AUGUCGGACGACGACAUCGGGCUGCUAGGCGAUAUUAGCGUCAUCAAUCCUGGGACACUGCGAAAACUCGUGCAGCAUAGCGACGGAGCCCAAACCAUAGUGGAAGAAUCUUUGCUCACCGUGCAGGUGACGACAUUCAAGUGUGGAGGGAUCACCGUCGGCAUCGUGAUGAAUCAUGUCCUCGUCGAUGGUAAAGCCCUUGCGGACUUCCUAACUUGCUGGAGCGAUGUGGCUCGAGGCAGGUCGCCGUCGAUUCUUCCCUUUCUCGAUCGAUCGGUGUUGUGCCCGAGGCGAUCUCCACGUGUCGAUCUCCCCCACCAUGAAUAUGCUCCAAUAGAUCGGCCAUCUGAAAGGAUAAUCGACCCCGAACCAAGCCCCAUGUUUACAGAUCAUUCAACUUCGAACCACACACUCUCAUUCAACUCAAGAAAGUGUCAAACAAUCACAACCCACGAUGGCUCUUCCAUAGUCCCUACGAGCUUCGAAGUCAUAUCCGCGCUCGUGUGGAUUGCGCGAACCAAAGCUCUCGGAAUGGAUCCUCACGAGACAACAAAGCUUCUCACCGCAGUCGACGGUCGACCCAAGUUCGACCCGCCGUUGCCAAGCGGCUACUUUGGGAACGGCAUUGCUUGGUCGUGCGCAGAGUGCAGCGCGGGCGAAUUGACCCGCAAGCCCUUCUCGUUCGCUGUCCGGACCGUGCAGAGGCGCUCCGAUGCGUCACCGAGAGUUACAUACGGUCGGCAAUCGACCACGUCGAGCUGA